GCUCCAGACUCUGCGCACUGCAAUACGUGACUGCGCUUCGAAUAAUGUAUUCGGAACCUUCGUCUGCUCUUAUUAAAUAGAGGGGGAAGAGAGAGAGAGAGAUAGAGAUAUGCAAGAACCGUAACACCGGUCCGAUGCAGCCGAUUGCAGAGUCUCAUCCCGAAGAAAUUCCAGGUAACUUCUGCCUGAUAAUCUAUCAAGAAAAAAAAUAAUGCUUUGAAGCCUCACGUCACCAAUCGUUGCCUCUGAUGUGUUGAUUGUCAAGAAGUGCGCAGCCAUGGAGAACGAUCAAAGCAUAACAACUUCGACCACAACCACUACUGUCAAUACAUCUCCCAGGUCACAGGCGCCACAGAUCUCUGUCUACAGCAGCUCCGACCGACAAGCUGUCCAGGUGAUCCAGCAAGCUCUUCAUCGACAGCCCAGCACUGCAGCGCAGUACUUACAGCAGAUGUACGCAGCACAGCAACAGCACUUAAUGCUUCAGACGGCAGCAUUGCAGCAGCAGCACCUCAGCAGCACCCAGCUCCAGAGCCUGGCAGCCGUCCAGCAGGCCACCGGACGCCAGUCGUCUUCUCCUACAGGGAGCCAGCAAUCAAGUGUGUCACAGACUUCUAUUAAUCUCUCUCCCUCCUCCGCUGCUCCUCAGCUGAUGAGCCGCAGCCAGAGCGCCAACACCUCAGCCAGUGGGAUUACCCAGCAGGCCAUGUUGCUUGGCAACACCACCCCCACCUUGACAGCGAGCCAGGCCCAGAUGUACCUCCGGGCCCAGAUGCUGAUUUUCACUCCCACUGCUACUGUAGCCACUGUCCAGCCCGAUAUUCCUGUUGCUUCUUCCUCUUCUUCGGUGUCUGCACCCUCUCAGGUUCAGAAUCUAGCGGUUCGGAGUCAGCAGAUUGGAGCAUUGCCCACUGUGUCUCCCCAGAGCGUCCCACUGAAGAGCACCUGCCAGACCCAGCCGCUCCCAAUGAGUCAUCCAAAAGCAGCAGGGCAGGGUGCCUCGUCCAAGGCCAGCCUGACCGACUCGGGCUCUGAGAGCUCCAAGAAAGGGGAGAGUGUGACUCCGACCAGCCCUGAGCUACGUGUCUCUGCAGUCACCCGGCUGCCAAUACCGGCAAGCACACAGCAGCUCAUAGCUCCUGCCCCAUAUACCCCGAUGCAGCCUCACCAGCUGAUCAAGCAGCCGCCGUUGACACAGCAGCAACCCUCCCCGCCCAAGGCACCUCACCGUCUGCCCCCGGCGCUCCAGGUGCAAGCCUCCGAGGCUGACCCCGUUCAGUCAUGCCCACCACAGGCUCCUGUCCAGCCACCUCACUGUGUUUCCACCCAGGCGCACAGUCAGCCACUGAGCUCCCACCCCCAGGGCCAGCAGCACACAGUGGUGGUAUCGCCAGCAUUGCCCCGCUCACCCCCACCCCCUCCCCCCGUCCCAGCCCAGGCCGGCAUCAUUGUGCAGCCUCCUGCCCACCGCUCGCCGGUGGCCCAGAUUGGACCUCUGAGGCAGACCCGGCCCCCCACCCCCCUCCAGCGCCUCCCACUGCAGCCUGUGCGUGCACUGGCUGUGGCCCCCGAGAUUGUCUCCCCCACCCAGGUCCUGCCACAGACGGUGCUGCACUGCAGGGAGCAGAUGCCCGCUGCCCAGGCCCUGGUCCAGAUGCCCUUCCAGGCCCUACCUCCGCCUCAGACCAUCGCCGUCAACCUACAGGUCCAUGCAUCGCCGCCGGUGGACGUACCCCUGGUGUGCUCGGUAGAAGACACCUGCGACCAGGAGAUGAGGGAGGAGCAAGACGAGUGCUUCGCGGUGCAGAGAGCUUCCUCGCCACUCACCUCCCACUCCGAAUCCUCCAUCUCGGCAGCUGAAGGGGAAGCACAGACAGCCGAGGACGUUUGCCAAGAACGAGUGGGGACGCCGGUCAUAACACCGGCGAGUGCCUCAGUCAUCAGGUCCUCUGCUGACUCUCUGCAGCUGUCCAGCACCACCUGCCCCGCCAGCCCGCCUGCCAAGCUGAAACCCAGCGGAGCCGCUCCCACCCCGACUAACUUGCCGGGAGCCGACAACAAGCCACCCCAGGCCAUCGUCAAACCGCAGAUCCUGACACACGUCAUCGAGGGAUUUGUGAUCCAGGAGGGACUGGAGCCAUUUCCCGUGAGCCGUUCCUCACUGCUGACCGAUCAGCCCGUCAAACAGAAGGUGCCAUGUGAGGAUCCAGCCACUCCCCCUGCCCCUGUGCAGCCAGUUGGGGAGCUCCAGAGUAGCGCUAGAAAAUCGCUGGAAGAGUCCCUCGACAGCGAUGUGGAUGACCUCACUGCCGAAGAAGGGAUGGAGGGCGGCGACCCACAUAUGCUGAAGUGCGAAUUCUGUGGUAAAAUGGACUAUGCACACAAGUUCAGAAGAUCCAAGCGAUUCUGCUCCAUGUCCUGCGCCAAAAGGUACAAUGUAGGCUGCAGCAGGCGGAUGGGGCUUUUUAAGUCUGACAAGAGCUCACGGUGGAACAGAAAGCCGGAGCCUCAUGUGUUCAGUCGACGGGGGCGGAGAGCCAGCAUUCUUGAAGGAGCGUCAGGAGACCACUUUAUGAGACAGACACCAGUUGUUUUCCCUCCCGCAGAAGAGGCUUUGGCCACAUCCAACCCACCAGUGCCUGAGGAGGCUGUGAGUGUCGCUAUGACGACUCGCCGGCGCCAAAAUGAGCGGGAGCGGGAGAUGCGCGAGCUCAGGAUGAGGGAGGCUUCGGAAUAUGGUGAUGUGCUACACGCUGACCCGACGACCUGGACUGUCGAUCAUGUGUGGGAGUUCAUACACUCGCUGCCAGGUUGUAAGGACAUUGCGGAAGAAUUCCGAUCGCAGGAGAUUGAUGGGCAGGCUCUGCUCCUGCUGAAGGAGGACCAUCUCAUGAGUGCCAUGAACAUCAAGUUGGGUCCAGCACUGAAGAUCUGUGCGCGCAUCAACAUGCUGAAAGAGUCCUAAUCUUCCUUGUCUCCAGUGUAAAAGCUGCUAGACCCUUCCAUUUUGCUGAUUUUUAAGAGGACACACAUUAAUAUCUGGGCAAGGAAUUUGGUACGACUGUAUACCAUAUAUUCCUGCAAGGACCUUGUGUUGGAUUCCUAGGAUAUUACCUCAGGAUUCCUUGUCUUCACAUACAAAAUCUUCACAAACUCAUCAUGACUCUUCAAGGGAAGUUACCCUUGACAGGCCUUUGCAAAUGCUGAAACCCAACAAUUCAGUUCUUCCCCACGUUUUGCCAAAGCGGCUUUAUUUACCCAAUUGUGAUGUCAUCUCAACCAACAGGACCUUCCUCCUCCAGCCAUUGCUGUUCAUCAGCUUUUUAUUGACUGGAAUCAAAAGGCAUUCUGGUUCAACUUCUUGGUUCACAACCUCCUGUUGUUUUCCUCCAUUUCAUUGGGUGACAAGAAACAUGGUUGCCCCUUGAGUUGGUGAGCCAUCAUGUCCACACCACCCUUGGGAGAAGUGCAGUUAGAUAGCUUGUUCUGUCUUCAGUGGGCUCUAAAAAAUCUGUCUGAACACCAAGACCUCCCCAGGCCUGAACUAGUCCAUACAAAUUACCAAUUCCUUGAGGCUUGCUUCAGAGUUGGUCUGUACCCACUCAAGUUCAGGAGGGUAGAUUUGUAAAUCAGGAGGGCAUGCUAGAUUUAUUUAUUCUCAGCCAAAAGUGGCUCCCACCAAAGUACGUGAGUGCAUGUACAUGCAUGUUUGUGGGUACAUGGGCACACAUGUUUGUGUGUGCAUUUGACAUUGUUGUAGUUUCAGAGGCAUGUGAAAGGGAAACUCAACUCAGACAGGGAGAAGUGGUUCUCAUAGAAAUUUCAGACUCCUUCCUUGCUGACUGUGGUGGUCAUUGGUGAUUGGAGCCUAGUAAUGAAACAGCCUGCCAGCAUGUGACGCUAGAUCCCACCGUCUGGACUUCCUCCGUUCCUUUUCCUCUUACAAUUUUCGGGUGUUUGGAACCCAACCCUGGCCAACACUACUGAUGUAUCUUGGGGACAUCCCUUUCAAACAGAGAUGAGGAUGAAUUUCUUUAGCCAAAGGGUAGUGCAUGUAGUGGAAUUCAUUGCUAAGGUUGGGUGUGGAGGCCAAGUCAUUGGGUAUAUUUAAAGCAGAGGUUUAUAGGUUCUUGGUUAGUAAGGGUGUCAGAGGUUACAGGAAGAAGGCAGGAGAAUAGGGUUGAGAGGGAUAAUAAAUCAGACAUGACGGAGCAGAUUUGAUGGGAGGAAUGGCCAAAUUCUGCUCUUUCGAUCUAGCUGUAGCACGUCAGGUUGCCUGGCUUAGAGAACAGUAGUGUCCAGCAACGCAGAAUGGAAUGUUAAUCCUCUCGAGGAGUUUCCAAAGACUUUCCCGAGGCUCAGCGUUAUUUUUUCCUAAGUGCCAAAGAUUUUGGUGAUGCUCCCAGGAGAUGUUGGAGAGAGCUGCACUGGUGGAAGGGUUACAGUUCAGGAGGAGACUUCAAGUUUGGCUCUCUGUCUGCUCUCUGAGUGAAUGUAAAAGAUCUCACAGCCAUUGUUUCAGGCCAAGAAUCUGCCUGUAUUUAUCCCCAACUUAACAUUGUAAAUCCAGAUGGCCAAGUCUUUACUGAAAAUCCAAAAAGCAAACUUUAGCUUCUGAAAAUCUAAAGUAAAGCCUAAAAAUGCUGGCAAUACCUGGUGACAAAUGGGAGGCGGCACGAUAGCAUAGAGGUUAGCAUAACACCAUUACAGUGCCAGCGACUUGGGUUCAGUUCUGUCUAUAAGGAGCUUGUAUGUUCUCCCUGUGACUGCGAGGACUCCCUGUUCCUCCAGGUGCUCCAGUUUCCAUAAGACAUUAAGACAUUUGGCCCAUCAUGUCUACGCUGCCAUUCCAUCAUGAUUGAUUUAUUAUCCCUCUAAAACCCAUUCUCCUGCCUUCUCCCGGUAUUCUUUGAUGUCCUUACUAAUCAAGAACCUAUCAUCUCUUGUUUCCUUCCACUUUCCAAAGAUGUCUGGGUUAGUGGGUUAUUUGGUCAAAUGGAUGUAAUUGGGCAGCUUGUUGGACCAGAAGAACCUUUCACUGUGCUGUAUCUCUAAACUAAGCUGAACUCAGCAGGUCAGGCAGCAUCCGUGGAGAGAGAAACAUGCAACAUUUCAGGUCAAGGACUCUUCAUCUGAAUAUCCAGACCUGGCCCUAAAAUUGUAACUGAUAUCCUUUCUGUAUAUGCAGUCUGACCUGGCCAAUUCAUUAUCCAGGGAUCAUACUGGGUCCAAAAUAUCUGAAGAUUUUCUUCAUUGUAACAUGACCUCCCUUUAAAAGGCCAGCCAGUAGGUUAUUAUCCUGAAGGGGAGAUGAGAGCAAUGCCUUGUGUCCUGGGGUUUCUAACUUUUUUUUUGCUUUUUCAUCAAAGUCAAAGUCUAGUUCAUUGUCAUAGAUAAGUACAUGUGUGCACAGGUACAGUGAAAAACUUAUUUGAAGCAGCAUCACAGGCACAUAGCAUCAGAUCAGCAUCAGAAAAACACAAGUUAAAGAUAAAUUUGACAACUGUUACAAGAAAGAAUACUGUUUCAAACAGGAGAUACCUUUUAACACAGAGUGAUCACAGGGGCCAUAAUGCUGUUAAACUGUGUUGAUUAGGGUUAUGCUGGUUGGUUUAAGAACCGAACGUUUGAAGGGAAGUAGCUGUUAAUAAUUUUAAUAUAUUCUCAGUUCAUUCCAGAAGCUUAUUCCUUCAUCGUUAGAACUUGAUGUUUUCAAUUAUAUGUAAACUUCAGGUGUUUAACUGUGGAAUGGAAGUUGGACUGAUCUCUGUAAUAGAUUCUCAUUCCGCAGAGCCAGGGUCAGGCAAGUCCACAAACCAUGUUAUUUAUUUAAUUAGUGAUACAGUGCAGAACAGUCCCUACCUGCCCAGUGUGAGCCACACUGCUCAGCAGCCCAUCUGUUUAACACUAGCCUAAUCAUAUGAAAGAAGAGCUUAUCAUAGUAGGAGUGUUUGAUGGCUCUGAGCCUGCACUCACUGGAAUUCAGAAGAAUGAGUUGGAGUUGUCACAUUGAAAGGCCUCAGAAGAGUGGAUGUUUCCUAUGGUGGGGGAGUCUAAGACCAGAGAUCAGAGCCUCAGGAUAGAGGGAUAGAGAUGAGUGGGAAUUUAUUUAGCUAGGGAUUGGUUAAUCUGCGGAAUUUGUUGCCGCUGUCUGCUGUGGAGGCCAAGUCAUUUAAGGCAAAGGUUGAUCAGUCCUUGAUUAAUCAGGGCAUGAAGUGUUAUAGGUGGAAGGCAGGAGAUUGGGGCCUACAGGGAUCAGUUAUGAUGAAACGGAGCAGACUCAAGGGGCCAAAUGGCCUCAUUCUGCUCCCAUAUCUUAUGGACUAAUCACAGGACAGUUUACAAUGACCAAUUAACCUACUAAUCAGUGUGUUUUUGUAACUUGGGAGGAAACUAGAAUACCAAAAGAAACUCAGGGAAAGGAUGUACAAACUUGUUGAAGACAGCGCUGGAAAAGAACUCCAAACUGUGAUGCUGCGAGCUGUAAUAGUGUUGCACUAACUGGUAAGUUCCAUGCUUUCUGCUUUGAUUUAACCAUCACUGCAACAUGCAUUGUGCUUCGCCUGUUCAGUAGCGUUUCCUUGAACAUAAAGAGCAUAACGCCCAGUGGGCACAACCAGCAGCUGCUUGUUCUCUUCGUUGUUAGAGCUGAGAGGGACAGGAAUCAUUUACCCUUGUUUGAAUAUGCAGAAGCUUCUCUUUGCCUAUCUGUACCAAGGUCUUGAUUCCUAAUCCAAAUAGAAUGGGAGCCAGCUGCACAGUCAUUAAUGCCUUUUUCCCACAGUGGAAAUCUCAUCCAGUAGAAGGCAAAGUUUUAAAGUUAGAAGGAGAAAGCUAAACGGAGGUUUGCAUACUAAGUUUUUUUUUUACAUGGAGAGUUGUGUCUGGAACAGCUAUUCAGGGGAAGUGGUGGAAGCCAUGUUUAAGAAGCAUUUAGACAGGCUCAUGACAGACAGGAAAUAUAUUGGGGGAGUCUCGAGCCAGAGGGCACAGCCUCAGAACAGAGAUGAGCAGGAAUUUCUUUAGCCAGAGGCUGGCAAAUCUGUAGAAUUCAUUGCCAUAGAUGGCUGUGGAGGCCAAGUCAUUUAGGUAUAUUUAAAGUGAAGGCUGAUGGGUUCUUGAUUAGUAAGGGUGUGAAAGGCUAUGGGGAGAAGGCAGCAGAAUGGGUUUGAGAGGGAUAAUAUCGGCUAUGAUCAGAUAUUGAUGGACCAAAUGGCUUAAUUCUGCUCCUAUGUCUAAUGCUGUUAUGGAGUAGAGGGAUUAUAUAAUAUAUGCAAACAGAUGUGCAGUUCAAAUUGACAUCAUGGUUGCCAUAGAAAUUGAGGUGCAAAGGGCCUGUUCCAGUUCUGUACAUAGCUGUGGUGCGGUUUGGUAGCAGAGCAUUUAUCAUAAUGCUUUACAGCGUUAGUGAUUCGGGUUCAAUUCCCCACCGCUGUCUGCAAGGUUUUGGCUUGUUCUCCUGUGACUGCUUAGGUUUCAUCUGGGUGCUCCAGGUUCCUCCCACGUUAUAAAGACAUUGUUAAGUUAUGGGCAUGCUAUGUUGGUGCCAGAAGUGUGGUGACACUUGAAAGCUGCCCCCAGCAUAAUUUUGGAUUGUGUUCAUUGUUGACAAAAAUGACACAUUUCCCUGUACAUUUCAGUGUACAUGUGACAAUUAGAGCUAAUCUUUAAUCUUUAUCUGAUCAAGUUGGGUAUAUAUUUUGACCCAUUCAAAGGCUGCUUCUGUCAACUCAGGACAGUGUGCUCAGUAUCACUGCCUCAUACCGUCUGUCCUUGAUGUCUGGGCAUCACAGUGAGUGUGAUUCCCUACAGAUGGUUCAGGAUUGGUUCGAAUGAGUAACAGGAAGGAUUAGUAGUCAGUUACAGAUGCCAUGCUGGGUUAGGUAUUAGUUUUAUCCUAGAGCAGAGGUUCUCAACCUAGGGUCCAGGGAUCCCACAGUUAAUGGUAGGGGUCCAUGGUGUAAAAAAUUUUGUUAUUUCCCCCCCCCCCCCCCCGUCCGAGAGAAAAUCAGUUCUCUGAACUGAAAACAGAACCUUGCGAAGGAUGAUGAGAGGUGACAUGAUAGAGGUGUUUAUGGUGAUGAGACAUAGAUCAAGUAGAUAACCAGAGACAUUUUCCCAGGGUGGAAAUGGCAAAUGAAGUGAUUGGAGGAGAGUAUAGGAGAGAUGUCAGAGGUAGGUUUUUUACACAGACAGUGCCGGGUGCAUGCAACACACUGCUAAGGGUGGUGGGUGAGGAAUAAUAUUAGGGACAUUUAAUCUUAGAUAGGCACAUGGAAUGGAGGGCUGUGCAAGAUGGAAGCUUUAGAAUGGGCCAAAGGCCCUGUAUUGUGCUGUUCUGUUCUGUUUUUGAGAACUUUUCCUUCAUGUCAUUAACUAAUGGAGCACUUGGAAAAUCAAUGUUUCCUGUACCCUCUUCUCCAUACCUUGAUGUUUGUCAGUGGAGGUGCAUUAUAAGGGUCACGUGGCUCGUGACACAAGAACUUUGUUCAAAAUUAUUGUUUUUUUCUUUAAGACUGAACGUCCCUUUAAGUGCAAUUACACUGAAAAUGCAGUGGAUUGCAGGUGUCAAAUUGGCUUAUUGCUAUCACAGUGUGCUUUGGAUGCCAUCCGUGCAGAUAACUUUAUUACAACACAGUUAGUACACGGUUAGACAACAGAAUGUAGAAUGAAGUGUUACAGUUACAGAAAAAGUACAGUGCAGGCAGACAGUAAGUUACAAGGGCAUAAAGAGGUAAACUGUGAGGUUAUGAGUCUAUCAUAUACUAGGGAGCUGUCUUUUAACAGUGGGAUAGAAGCUGUCCUUAAGCCUGGUGGCACGUCCUUUUGAUCUUUUGUCUCUUCCACCUGAUGGCAGGGGGAAAAGACAGAAUGUCCGGAGUGGGUGGGGUCUUUGAUUAUGCUGUCUAUUUUACUGAGGCAGUGAAAAGUGUAGACAGGGUCCAUGGAAGGGAAAACACACAGAAAAUGCUGGUGGAACAAAGCAGGCCAGGCAGCAUCUAUAAGAAGAAGCACUGUUGAUGUUUCAGGCCAAGACCCUUCGUCAGGACUCACUCUCUCUCUGUAGUUUCUUCCAGUCUCAGACAGAGCAUUUACUGUGCUACAUCUGAAUGAGAUCCUUUCUAUGGUGCCUAAUAAAAAUUGGUGAGGGUCACUUUUCUUUAUUCCUUGAGAGGCUAGAGGCACUAGUGAGCUUUCUGGUCUGUGGCAUCCACAUCACUGGACAAGGACAGGGUAUUUCUGAAGUUCACUCUCAAGGUGGUGGUUUCCAAGUUAGGUGCAUGUGAUGACAUGAUAUCAAGUCACAGGUAUCUAGCCUGGUUUGGGUGUUGUCGAUAGAGAGGAAUAAUUGGAAAAGGCCUCAACAGCUAGAAUAUCUGUUAGGGUCUCUGCUGAUGCUGCCGUAACAGAGAACUUGCUGGCAAGUGUGCCUGGUGGCACGGUAGCGUAGUGGUUAGCACAACGCUUUACAGCACAGGCGACUCAGAUUCAGUCGUGUUGCUGCUUGUAAGGAGUUUACGUGUACGUUUCCUCUGGUUUCAGUUGGCCGGUUAAUUGGUCAUUCUAAAUUGUCCCGUAAUUAGGCUGGGAUUAAAUUGGGAGAUUGCUGGGUGCCAUGGCUCAAAGGGGUGGAAGGGCCUAUUCCAUGCUGUAUCUCAAAACACAAAGCAGCUGAACUCAGCAGGUCAGGUCGAAACACUGAGCAGUCGAUGAUUCGGGCCAAGACCCUUCAUCAGGCCUGGAAAGGAAGGAGGCAGGUGAUUGGUGGGAAGUGACAGAGGGUCUCACUGAACUCCCUUCAAACAGAAGAUUUAAACUUCUUCAGGGUAGACAUAUUUUGAACAAAAUUCACAGUGGAGCAGCAAAUCAUAAACACAAGAUGCCUGGUGGCAUAGCAUGGCUUUACAGUACCUGUGACCAGGAUUCAAUUCCAGCCACUGUCUAUAAGGAGUAUCUGCUUUUGUCCAUUACCAUAUGGGUCUCCUCUGGGUGCACCAGUUUCCUCCCAACUUCCAAAGAUGUGAGGUUCAGUAGAUUAAUUGGUCACAUGGGUGUAAUUAAGUGAAGUGGUCUUGUCAGGCCAGAAGGGCCGGUUACCAUAAUGUAUCACUAAACUAAAUUAAGAGGUUCUGCAAAUGCUGGAAGUCUUGAGCAGCACACAGAAACUGCUGGAGGAGCUCAGCAGGUCAGGCAGUGUCUCUGGAGGGGAAUAAACAUGACAUUUCAUGCUGAGACUCUGGUGGAGUGGGCCAGUGCUGUUCGCUGGUUAAUCUAAAGGUGAAGAGCCCCUGCCUUGGCAUCACUAUUGUCUACUGAACUGUGGCUCAGCACAGGGCUGAAGAGGAGAGGAUUUAUAAGCCCUGUCCACCACACGUGUCAAAAUGACAGCUCUUUAAAAUCGUGCAUUCAGUUCCUCCUGUCCUGGGCCAAUUGCAGAUACAGCCACUUCCAUUUUAAAAACAGUGCGGGUGGAAAAGGCUGAGAGAUCAAAUAUGAUGGAUUAUGUUCCAGCUCCCUUCCAAGAUGAUGUUGGCCCUGUCACUACAUCAUAGGAGCCGAUGCAAAAACAGUGAACUUUUUAACAUUUGGAAACUGCUUUACUGUCUUUAUUGCAAUUUACAAGUGUUUUUCUUCUAAUGUAUAGUAUCGUUCUAAUUCCAUUAAACACUUGUAGGCCCUUCGAGCUGCUGCCAAUAUUGUCUCUGAUGGUUUUGAGAAGACAUUUUGAUUUAGAGUUGGCGAUGUAAUACUGGCCUACCACCAACACUGCAGAGCUGCCCAAUAUCUGGUGCAGGAGCAGCCAAAGGUACAUGUUAGCAUUGACUUUCAUUUCUGUUGCUUUGAGGUGGUACGACCAAAUACCACCCUCAAUGAUGUAAUCCCAGUUGGUUUGUGUGCUAUCCCUGCCAAAUCAUGUAUCAGUUUUUCCCCUCAGAUGAAUAAUUGCAAUAUACUGUUUUGUACAAUGGUGUAUUUUUUAUCUGUUGAAUGUGCAAUAGUUGUUUAAGCAUCUGCUUGGGUGUUGCUGUGCUGAACCACAGCUGUGACGAAGAUUUCAUGAUUAAAUGCUGUCAAAAGCAA